GUCAAAGCAAGUGCAUAUUCAUAAUUGAUCACGAUGUCAAAGAUAUAUCUUCUGAUCCUGUUUUUGAUCUUUCCAUCAGUGAAACGGAGUGAAUCAACUGAGGUGGAAAUGAUUAACAAAUUCACGACACAAAACAGUACAACAAAUGAACUACCUAUCACUACUGAGAACCCCUGUAACUACAAUGAAGAUCCAUCGUAUUUCACUUGUAGUGGCAGAGGUAGAUAUCCAAAUUUGAAUGAUCCAUCAUGUGAAACGUAUUACCUCUGCAACCUGCUGAAAAAUGGUUCUUUCGUUCAAACUUUAUACAAAUGUCCAAAAACAUCAUUCUUCAAUCCACCUAAACAAGUUUGUGAUAUAAGCUACCAAUGUCCAUGUAGCAAGACCACUAGCACUGUCGUUUCAACGACUGAAACAGAGAAACCAGUCACUCAAAGUAGAUCAACAGAGGUGGAAACAACAAUUGAGCAAGUUACUAAGAGUAAAUCAACACAGGCCGAAACCACUAUAGAAUUCAAAACAGAUAAAACAAUUUUGGAAGUCGGUACCACAUAUACACCACCAUUCAGCACUACUGAGUACAUCUGUGAAUACAAUGAAGAUCCUUCAUAUUUUACCUGCAGUAGCAAAGGUAGAUAUCCAAACUUGAAUGAUCCAUCUUGUGAAACAUAUUAUCUCUGCAACCAGCUGAGAAAUGUUUCAUUUACUCAAACUUUAUACAAAUGUCCAAAAACAUCAUUCUUCAAUCCAUUCGAACAAGUGUGUGAUUUCAACUACCCAUGUCCAUGUAGCACAAGCACAAACACUGCCGCAAUAAUGACUGUACCAGAAACUGAAACUGACAAAUUCAUUUCUACAACUGAAAGGAAUGCUGCAAAUGAGAUCAAAACUUCUACAACUGGUAAUGAUGAUAUUGGUUCCAUUUUCACUUGUCCUUCAGAUGGAAUUUUCUCAGAUCCAGAAGAUACAAAUUGUGAAUAUUUUUACGUUUGCAUUUCAUCAUAUUCGUCUCUUUUAUCCAUUCGUUCAAAAUGUCCAGAAGGUACAACUUUUGAUACGUUAUUUGGUGUAUGUAGUCCAUUUUACAUCUGUCCUAACAACUCGAAACCGCUCUCAGAUUUGGAUCAUUGCACAACUAAACAUUCAAUGAAUUACAUUUGUAAUGCAAACGGAACGUAUGUAAAUCCAAAUGAUAUCACCUGUCGAACAUAUUAUCUUUGUAGUCUGCAAGAAAAUGGUACCUUCAUUCAAAUACUCCAAAAAUGUCCAGCAACAUUUCUUUACAAUCCAACAUCAAAAACGUGCGAUGCUUUCUACAAAUGUCCUUGUUCUACAACAUUUUCAACAAAAGGAGUGGAUGAUCAAGUAACUGAAAGUGGGAUUACAGAAUCGGGCAAACCCGAAUUUUCAUGUACCUCUACAGGAGUGUUCAAAGAUCCACUAGAUCAACGUUGUAAAAGGUUCUAUGUCUGCAUACAGUCUUUCUUGUUAUAUAUUUCCGUUUAUGCCUCAUGUCCAUCGGGUACAUUGUUUGAUCCAUUACUUCGUUUGUGCAGUCCAUUUUAUUCAUGUCCACAUAUCUCAAAGUCAACUACCACUACAGCUGAACCUCUAACGACUGUAAAAAAUAAGCCCACAAACGAAUAUGGAACUAGCGUGACAGAAAGAAUCGAACACGAAUUUGUAUGUUUCUCAACAGGAAUAUUCGAGGAUCCUCAGGAUUUAGAAUGCAAAAAGUACUAUGUUUGUACGAAAUCUUUCUUGUUAUAUGUUUCCGUUCACUCUACAUGUCCACCGGCUACAUUUUUCGAUCCUUUACUUCGUUUGUGCAGUCCAUUUUAUUCAUGUCCACAUGUCCCUAUGUCAACUACCACUACAUUUGAACAUCUUACAAAUGAACCCAUAGACAAAUAUAGAACUAGCAAGACAGAAAAAAAGCAACACGAAUUUGUAUGUUCCUCAACAGGAAUUUUUGAAGAUACUCAAGAUUUUGAAUGUAAAAAGUAUUAUAUUUGUACAAAAUCUUUCUUGUUAUAUGUUUCCGUUCACUCAACAUGUCCACCGGGUACACUUUUUGAUCCAUUACUCCGUUUGUGCAGUCCAUUCUAUUCAUGUCCCCAUAUCCAAAAGUCAACUAGCACUACAAUUGAAGUUCCUUCAACUUCAAUAACAAAUAAUUGCACUAGCAUUGCGUCAUCACAUUUCACUUGCUUCUCCAAUGGAAAAUAUCCUAAUUUGAAUGAUCUCACCUGUAGCACAUACUACAUUUGUAAAAAGUUAAUUAUAGGUUCAUUUUCGCAAACUCUUCAGAGUUGUCCAAUCGCAUCGUACUUUAAUCCAGUAACUCACGCUUGUGAGGUUAACUACAAAUGCAAGUGUAACACUAUUACUGACACAACUAUUUUCACAAACCUAACAAAUGAGUCAGAAACUUCAAAUGGAAUAACUACGUCUAUGUCGAAUGAAAAAAAUGAUAUCGCUUUCACCUGUCUUUCAACAGGAAUAUUUCAAGACGAGAGUGACUUAACGUGUAGACAGUUUUACGUUUGUAUAAGAUCUCUUAUGUCGUUCAUCUCUAUUCAUUCAACAUGUCCAACAGGUACAUUUUUUGAUCCGUCACAUCGCAUGUGUAGUCAACAUUAUUCGUGUCCACAUAUUUCAAAAACCACAUCAGAUAUGAACGAGUUUACCACCUCCGAACGAGAUCACUGUAAACAUGUCAAUGAUUCAAAGUAUUCAACCUGCAGUACCGAAGGAAAGUAUCCUAAUUUGAUGGAUUUCACCUGUCAGACAUAUUAUUCUUGCACUUUGCUCAGAAAUGGAUUAUUCAAUAGAUCCAUUUAUACGUGUCCCUUCAUGUCGUUCUUCAAUCCGGUUCUACAAGUAUGUGAAUACUCCUAUAAGUGUCCCUGUACCACUUCUACAGCCUCACAAACAGAACGAAUGGAAUUUUUCUGCCCUUCGGUAGGAGUAUUUGCAGAUUCCCAAGAUUCAACGUGCAGGAAAUUUCAUGUUUGCAUUCGAUUUUCAUUGUCAUAUUUGUCAAUAUAUUCGACAUGUCCAGAAGGUACAUUUUUUGACCAUACCUUCCGAAUAUGUAGUCCAUAUUAUUCAUGCCAACAUCAACUUAAUACAACAAAAAACAUACAGAAAGUCAUAGAAAUGAAAGAAGUUACAAGAAUAAUAGACUCUUCAACGGACGAAUAUGCAGAAAGUACAACAUCUCUAUCUAUUCAUCUCGAGGAUUCUGAACCAAUCCAGUCAUCAUCCGUCACUCCUGAGGAGGACUCUUGUAAUCAGUUGAAAGAUCCACUUCAUUUCAAUUGCAGUUCUCAAGGUAUAUAUCCGAAUCUCAAUGAUCACACGUGCAGAACUUACUAUAUCUGUAAGUUUUUGGAAAAUGGUUCUUUUCAUCAAAUGUUAUAUGACUGUCCAAAAAAAUCAAACUUUAAUCCACGGUCGCAAAUGUGUGAUGUGAAUUACAUAUGUCCUUGUAGUGUCACAAAGAGGGGCAAUAGGCUGGUGCGAUCAAUAGGAAUGACAGGGUCAGACGACAAAAGUGUUACUGAAGGCAUUGAGAAUGAUAGUGAAGUUAACGAGAAUGUUAUCCAUGAUCAAAGAAGAUUUGCAGACUUGAGCUCAUUCGAUUCCUCCAUGAAUAUAUGCGAAUAUUCAAAACCUUUCACUUGCAAUAGCAGUGGCCGAUUUCCAAAUUGGAAUGAUACCACGUGUCGAACAUAUUAUCUUUGCGUACCAACGAAAUCAGGAUCUUUCGAACAAAUACCAUAUACGUGUCCAACAGGUUCAUUUUUCUGCCCACAACUGAAACUCUGUUAUGUGAACUAUAAAUGUCCAUGCAGUAGUGAAAAAAGAAGGCUAAGUCGCUCAAUAGGCAGUGAAAGGCCAGUCAUUAGAAACGAAUCAGCUAAUACUUCAAAAAUCAUGCAGGUUAUGCGGAAAAAGAAUGAUUCAAAAAAUGCCGGACUCUCUCAUAAUUUGCCAACAGCAUCUGCAUAUACUGGGACAAUAAAAAUUUUUACUUGCAACAGAAGAAGUAGAUUUCCAAACUGGAAUGAUCCAACUUGUGAAACAUAUUAUCUUUGCGUACCAUUGAAAACGGGAUCUUUCGUACAAAUACAAUAUAAGUGCCCACAGGGUUCUUGCUUUUGCCCACUACUGAGAGUAUGUAGUGUAAACUAUAAAUGCCCAUGUAGUCCUGACAAAACAAGAUUCACCCGAUCAGUAGAUGCUGAAAGGUUUGUCUCUGAAAAUGGAACAACCAAUGAAGUGGGAGUCGACGACAACGAGGAAAAAAUGAAUGCUUCAUCAAAUUUAUUGCAAUUUCGUCCUUUGCCGAAAGUUUGUGCUUACAACAAGAAUUUGAAACCUUUCACUUGCUAUGUUAGAGGCAGAUUUCCAAAUUGGAAUGAUCCUACUUGUCGAUCAUACUAUCUAUGCGUACCUCUGAGAACAGGAUAUUUUGUACAAACACGUUAUACGUGUCCGAAAGGUUCAUUUUUCUGCCCAAUACUGAGAGUUUGUAAUGUAAACUAUGAAUGUCCAUGUAGUACAGGCAAAGAAAUCGGCUCCAGAAAAUGAAUCAUUGAAUGCGGUAAAUAACAUAAAGAAAAGAUGUUAGAUCUCUCGAGAAUUAUUUUUCUGUAACAAUCUGCAAUACAAAUUUUGCGAGAAUAUAUACCCGUCAUAUUGGAAACGAUUUAAUUUAUCAUAAAUGAUGAAUCAUAUCGCACCAAUACAUGAGUACAAUAUGUACAGUAGUGAUGAGUUAUGAUUAGAUUAGUAAUGAUUAUGAAAUCUAUUCUUUCGAAAUUGCUUCCAAUGCUACAAAAUGGUAGUGAUGUUUCUGUAUUGUAAAUCUGAGUAAAUAUCAACUAGUUUCCUUGAUUCACCACGACUAACUUCAAUGUAUCUGGAUACUGAAAUUUAUAAAUCCUAUCAAUCCCACAAAAUAAUAACGCAGUAUUUUCUUGAGGUGCAUAAAAUACGCAUCUGGCAGUGUUAUCGUAGGAACUAAUGACAAAUAUGCUCCAGCGAGCAAAUUUUCUCUUCGAGUAGAAAAUAAUUUGUAUUCAUAUAUUUUAUAAUCACCCCCACCUGUAUUUUGAUUGAACAACUGAAAAUUUCGAUAAUCUUUCAUUUUCUCUCAUUGGAAUACUGAGGGAGGUAUAGAAAAUAUAUCUACUUCGACAAUUUAUACUUCUCUCUUAUUUCUCCACUUAUGAUGGCGAUCCGAACAUCUGGUGAAGUGGUGUUGCCAUCGAAACAAGAGAUUCUCAUCUUUUGUCUCGUUUUGUUGUUUCGAAAGAGACAAGGGAAGAUUUCUCGUGUAAGAAAUCGUGCCUCAACAAGACAAGAUAUAUAGGCAUCUUGGUCAAGACAAAGCAAGUUAGUCCUCUCAACAAGCGAUUGUAAGAUUAGCAUUACUCGUACUAUUCUUCAUGCACAGCUCGCAAAGCACAAUUUUAUAUAUUCUCUAUAUCGAACUAAAAAUAAUGACUGAAUUCUGCGUUUCUUUUAGAUAUAGUAUUUUUGUUGUCACUUAGUUAAUAGUAAGACUGUUUAAUACACCAGGAAUUUGUUUGUAUGAUGUAAAAUCUGCACCUUUCGGCGCGAUCAACUUUUGCCUACUCAGUCAGAAUUCUUCAACCUGCUACAAGCAGUGAAAUUUAUUUUCGAAUAAAUGAAGAUGAUUAUGAAAUGCUCAUAAGCAGAAAUCUUGUUUUGGAAGAAUAUUCAAUUAUCAGAAACUGUAAGUUUUCGAUAAAUAGAGUCUUAUAUAUAACAAGGUAAUUUAGAACUAGUACGAAUUUUAUAGAAAAAAUUUAAUAGAACUUUCAAGGAGUUAAAGAAUUUUCAGUGAUAUACUGUUUUCAAACGCAUCAGGUUACAAAGCCUUUUAAGUACCUAUUGAUAUUAUUUUAAUCCCUGUCGUGUACCUGUCUGCUCAGUUCCUCAAAAUCUGAUAUGAAAAUACAUUUCAAAACUUCAAUUAGAAUCACUUUCAAUUGAUGAUGUCAAAUAUGUACUUCAUUUUUGAAAGAACCCAAAAUGUAUACAUUUCAGGUAUUGUAUUACAGAAAAUAUUUGUUUUUGUAAAAUUUUCACAGGUUAAUUCUAUGAUAAAUUUUCAUAUAUGUACAGAAUUUUAAAAAUUUAACAAAUGAUUGCUCAAUGGAUUGAUUUUUUUUUGUAGUGAGUUGAAAUGUAUCAGACGUAAGAGUCAAAACAUAUGUAAAUGUAUAUUUUAAUAUAGAAUGAGUUGCCUCCUGUAGCUAAUAUAGGUAUUACUAAGUUAUGAGAGAUCAAAAAUUAUAUCUAUUUUCAGUUGUUCUCGAUAUCUGAUGUAAAAUGGAUAAUCUCAAAUUUGUCUGCUUAUAUUUAAAAUAGUAACGAAACAUUUGCAUUAUUUUUCUGCAUGAAUUGUAUCAAUUUUAGUUCGGAAGCUGAAUAAACUGUAUUUUAAAGAAAA